AUGUUAAAGUUGACGCAAAUCUUACCGAAUGAUGAUUAUGAUGAAAUUUGUUUGUCGUCGGCUGAAAUAUCCAUUAUGAGAAAGAUUCUAACGACUCAUCUGUUAGUUUCAUCCCAUGAAGUUGAAAUUUUGCAAAAGAACGCUGAACAAUGGAGGCCAGAAAAUGUCAAGCAGUUCUAUGUUAUGUGUCACACCAUCGAAGGCAGAUAUCCAGUAUUGUCCAAUAUCUGCGGUUCCAUAUCAAUCGGUCAGGCCAUUAUAUUUUGCCAAACAAGAAGACCUGCAGCUUGGUUUGAAGCCCGACUGACUGCUGAUGGACGUUCUGUUG